CUUCCUGUGUUGUCAGCUCAGAGGUGAACGAUACAGGGCAGAUAGCUGCAACGGAUGCUUGCUCUGUUUGGUGCACAUUUGUGAAUACCAAAUGGAAGAGACUAAAGAAAGCUUAACCUUUAAAGGUGUUGCUGAGAGACUGACGCUUGGCAUUACUCGAAUACUCGAGAACAUGCCAGGUGUGGUCGAUGUGCGUUUUGUUGAGAAGGAGCCUGCAGAGAAGAGGAGCCUCCUGUCAUGGGAACAGAAAAACACUUGUAUUUUGCCAGAGGACCUGCGAGAUUUCUAUCUGACAACUGAUGGAUUCACGCUUACCUGGAGUGUUAAACUAGACAAUGAGUGUGUUCCCCUGGGAUGCAUGAUGAUAAACAGUGUGUCCACCCUGUGCCCACUCCUCCAACCAGUAUCACUAUUCUCUCUGCCCAAUGCCCCCUCGCUGGCAGACCUGGACUGGGAGGAGGACGGCGCAGAAAGUGGGAGGGGUCGUGCUCCCGCUGCACCCCACUUUGAUUCCCGGAGCCGCAUCUUCGAGCUGCACUCCUGCGGUGUGAAUGGGAAAGUGUGUCUAGUCUACAAAAACUGCACUACAGGUGUGGUAGCCCAGCAAAGUGACAUUUGGUUCCUUGAUCGCUCGCUGUGUUGGCAUUUACUGACCGCAACCUUCACCUCCUACUACCGACUGAUGAUCACCCACCUUGGUCUACCUGAGUGGCAGUAUGCCUUCACCCCGUACGGCCCCAGCCCCCAGGCCAAGCAGUGGGCAUCACUGUACCAGCCUCUGACUUUCAGCAGUGAGCUCAACUUUGCGGAUCCUGCAGGAGAUUCCCACCUCAACAAGCUGGAUCCUACAAAGGCCUUCAAAGGAAAAGCCAAGGUACCUGUCUUAAAGAAGAAGCAGUCAACACCAUGCAGCCUAGGGAGCACAGCAAAGAGCCAAAGUAGCGCAGUGAGACACCACAGUGGGGGAAAGCGGUGAGAAUUUUUCCAUCAGAGGAAAACCUUUCAACCAGCUUUUCCGUCUAACAUGGGUUAGUGGAGCAGCUCGCAAGUCCUUCAAGGGUCGGGUUUGGUUAGCUUCGCUAGGCUCAAUGAGAGCAUUUUGUCCAAAAGCGAGUCUGGAAUGGUGCACGUCUGAAUGGAUACAUAAGAAGAGUUUAUAUAUUUAUUUAUAUAUAAAUAAUCCUGACAUGUUUUGAGUGCUGUCACUAAUAGAGACUCUUUAAUACUUAAGUAAUCAGAAUAAAUAAAUAUCUGUAUUUAUCAUUGUAUAUAUUUACAUUUCAAAUGUCUCUUACAACAAUCACAUACAAUAUAUCAUAUAAACACAUUUAAAAUAAGUGUGAAAUUGGUAAAUAAAAAACAGGAAGAAUACAAAUAAUACUUUUUCAGUUGGGCAGUAAGUGCUUGUAUGACUAAAGUCAUAGCUCUAGUUACAAACUCUAAAUAGUUUAGUCCUGAGUUUUCUAUCUAAUAAUGACAUCUGCUCUGACAGUGAUGCGGUUUAAUUCCAGCAUUUAAGGAAAAUAAUGUGCUAGCUUUAGUGCUCUUGUUGCCGUGGCAGACUUAUUAGACAUUCAGGAUUAAUUUGUUUUUUGUUCAAGUACUUUGGAACUCCUACAAAGUUAAUCAAAACACAUUACCUAAUCUAAUCUUACAUGUUUGAGCUUCACGCUGCUGUGCACUGGAUUUUUUGGAAAGAUUAAUGUGUGUUUUAUCUUUGCUUGUGCUGCUGCCAUUUCAAGCUGUGAGGAGCAAACUCCUAUUGUUCCUAUUUUAUUUUAAUUGUUUUAGUUUGGAUAGAAUGCUUUUUACUUUGCUUCACAUGUAGUGCCCAAGCUCAUGUUAAUCGUCUCCUGUUGAUUGUUAUAAUGAAAGAUAUUAAAGGUGUCUUCCAAUGUAUUACAAGCUGCUAUUACCUCAAUAAAAAAACAAGUAUAAGUGU